GGAGCCAGUCAGCUCUUGCUCAUGGCGCUGAGUAAAGGAAGUGAGUCACACUGACGGUAAUGUUACGUCUCUGUUGCAGCAGCACGGAGAGCAGAACAGAGAACAAGGAAGCAACAUGUGCUGACCAUAAUAACUCCAACACAUCAGCGCAGACAGGCACGCAGCCACCAGACAACAGACGAGGAGCCCGAGGACGUUUUUUAAGAAAAAAAAAAAAUCGCACCAUGAAAAGAGAGGUGAAGGCUGGAGUCAACUUCCUCAAACGCCUGGCUGUGGCACAUGGCAAGCUCACUGCAGCCAAAGCAGAAUUGUUUGCUGAGAAGCUACAUAAACUUUUAUGUGACAAAUAUGCUGACCACUGGUACCCUGACUGCCCUAGCAAAGGCCAGGCAUACAGAUGUAUCCGGAUAAAUAACGGAGUUCCCUGGGAUGAAGUGGUCCUGAAGGCAUGUGAGGAGAGUGAGUUCACACCCAGUGAGCUAGGCCUUCCGCCUGAGAUCACACUGUGGAUCGACCCACUGGAGGUUUGUGCAAGAUCUGGAGAGAACAGCAGGCCCUUCACAAUAGCCUGUUUCGAAGAGGAGGUUGUGAAGGGAGAACAGGAUGACUCCUUGGUGGACUCGGUAAACCUGGACACAUCAGAUUACCACUCUGCUACCUCUUCGGAUUGCGGUUCCACUGCGUCGAGCGACACAGAAGAGGAGGCAAAAUAUGGCGAGACGGAAGGAGAGCAAGAAAAAGAAGAGAAGCAGGUCGUCAAGAAGGAAGUGGCAGAAGGCAACGCCUACAAGAUAGCAAUGGUGCCCAGGAUUCGGAAGCGGCACGGAGAAGGACCAAAUAAGGUCAAAUAUGUCAGAAAUAUGAUCCCUGCUACUCUCCAGUACAUAUACCACCCUGCACCAGUUUGGCCUCAGUACAAAAAGGGCACUCCAGUGUUUCUCAACACCGUGUGCGUGCCUCCGCCCCCGCCGCCUCCGCCCCAGCAAGUAUUUGGCUACUACAUCUUGCCGCAGCCGUCUCCACAGUUCAUUCUGCCUCAGGCCACUCUGCAGCCAUGGGGAGCUGUGAAGGGUUAGACCGUCCAGGAAGUGUGGGGUGAAGGUGGAUAGAGUGUUACAAGCUCCUUCAACUGAGCCGUGUCAUGUCAGGUCUCGGAGUUCAGCUAAACUUGGGCCAAAAAAGAACAUUUUUAACUGUAUGAACUGUAAGUUAUUCCUUGCACAACCUGUAAUAAUUCCUCUUUCUUUUUAAUUUCUGGUGACUUGUAAUUGAUGGCUUGUACUCAGCACAGAUGUACCACUGAAGUUGAGUGAAAUCUGUUUGUUUUUUGUACGUACUGUACAUGUUUGGAAUGACUUCAGUCACUGGGUGCUUGGACUAACUCAGGAACUCUCAGCAAUAUCCUUAAAGCCAAAUAAUUGUCUUUUCAGGUGUUAUUUGUUAUGUCUAUCUCUUUGUCAGUUCUCUCACCAAAUAUGGUCCACAGUGUUUAUGUCAGUUAAUCAAUGUAAAAUGUGAUUCAGGGUUUUAAUCUAUUGUAGCUGGAGUGACAAUAUCUGUAUAAUAAGAAGAAUAUUUUUACUGAACUACUUGUAAAUAAUACAGAACUUAGAUACUAUAGACUGAUGCACACUUUCUAACCUCAGUCGUCUUAUUGUUGUAAUUUAUUUGGCCACCACUGGAUGGCACUCAACUUACAGCUAAUACAUGAAAUUGUAGAUUUUUUUAUUAACAGUGGCUGCUGUAUAUUGCAAAUCUAACUUCGCAGAACACAAACAUGAUUUUCAACAGCAUAAAUGUCUGCUGUCAGAAAAAUGUAUAAUGUUCCUUACUCCUUUGUAUCUUUUUUAUGGCCUGCUUAAAGCUGUGGGUUUUUAAGGUUUUUAUUGUAAAUAUUUUUCCUUUCUAUGAAAAUCUGCUACAGCUAUAUAACUCAUGAAUACAUGUUUCACUCGCUGAUUCUUAUGUAGUGUGAUUAUAUAAUUAGCUUGAUGCAUAUUUAUUUAAUUCCCAUGCAACUUUGAAGCUCAUCUGUGUGCUUAAGCGUUGCUUUGCUUUCACCUUUUUGCAUUAACCAUUUACCUUCUGAUUGCAGCAGAUUAAAUCAACAUACAUCAUACAUGUAAUUAUAAA